AAAGGAAAGAAAUCUCUUUUUUUUUGAUAAGUUUUGAUAUCUUUCCAUUUGAGAGUUGUUUGGAGAAGUUUGGGGCGGCGGCUAGGGAAUGCAGAGAGAUGAGAAGAUCGCCGCUUUCUAACCCCCUUCUGGUAGGCGGCGGCGGCCACCACAAACCACCGCACUCCGGCGGCAGAACUUGUCACCGGAAACACGUCGAAGACGGGUGAUCCAUUCCCGUCUUCUCUCUUCAGUUCGAUCUAUAAUAUAAUCCUUUCUAUUUCUCACCUGAAUUAAACCUAUUUCUGAAAGUAAUUAAGCAUUGAAUUUAGCUUUAGCGAGUAGCGGAAUCGAAAAAUUGUUUUGUGAUCGGAGAAUGGCGGCGGCGGCGGAGGAUAAAUGCGGCGUUCUGCACGGGAAAUACGAGCUGGGGAGGAUGUUAGGGCACGGGACGUUCGCGAAGGUGUACCACGCGCGGAACCUGCAUUCGGGGAACAGCGUGGCGAUGAAGGUAGUGGGGAAGGAGAAGGUGAUAAAAGUGGGGAUGAUGGACCAGAUCAAGCGGGAGAUUUCUGUUAUGAAGAUGGUGAAGCACCCUAACAUUGUGGAGCUUCACGAGGUUUUGGCGAGCAAAACCAAGAUUUACUUCGCCAUGGAGCUCGUCCGCGGCGGCGAGUUAUUCGCCAAGAUCUCCAAAGGCCGCCUACGCGAGGAAUUGGCGAGGAAUUACUUCCAGCAGCUCAUUUCCGCCAUAGAUUUCUGCCAUAGCCGAGGAGUCUACCAUAGGGAUUUGAAGCCGGAGAAUCUCCUCCUGGAUGAAGAUGGACACUUGAAGGUCACGGAUUUCGGCCUCAGCGCUUUCUCCGACCAUUUACGACAAGACGGCAUGCUCCACACCACGUGCGGCACGCCGGCUUACGUGGCACCGGAGGUGAUUGCUAAGAAGGGUUACGACGGCGCCAAGGUGGAUAUAUGGUCCUGCGGGGUAAUUUUAUAUGUUCUCUUAGCCGGAUUUUUACCCUUCCAAGACGAUAACAUUGUCGCCAUGUACCGGAAGAUUUACAGAGGCGAUUUCAAAUGCCCGCCGUGGCUUUCCUCCGACGCGAGAAAACUAAUCACCAAAAUGCUAGACCCGAACCCUAAUUCCAGAAUCACCAUUGCCAAAAUCAUGUCCUCGUCCUGGUUCAAGAAAUCCGUCCCGAGAUCCCUGAGGAAAAACGAAGACGAAGAAUUUUCAUUCUCCGGCGACAAGGCCAAGGAAGAAGUGGAGACGCUGAACGCCUUCCACAUCAUAUCUCUCUCCCAGGGCUUCGAUCUGAGCCCCCUGUUCGAGGAGAAGAAGAAGACGGAGAAAGAAGAGAUGAGAUUCGCGACUACAAAGCCGGCGAGCAGUGUGAUUUCGAAGCUAGAAGAGGUGGCAAAAACCAGUAAUUUCAGUGUCAAAAAGAGCGAUUCCAGCGUGAGAUUGCAGGGACAUGAGAGCGGAAGAAAAGGGAAACUGGGAAUCUCAGCAGACAUUUUCACGAUGAAUCCUUCGCUUCUGGUGGUGGAGGUGAAGAAAGCCAGCGGCGACACACUGGAAUAUAAUCAGUUCUGCAGCAAAGAGCUAAAGCCUGCUCUUAAGGACAUCGUCUGGACAUCUCCAACUGAACAUUCAACUCCUGCUUAAUCAACAACACAAGUUUCCAGCUUUUGCUUCAGUUCAAGAUUUGUAAUUCUUAUUAUGAUUAUGAAUGAUUAUUAUUAUUAUUAUGUUGUUGCUAAGGUUUAGGUGUAGCUGAUGAAUAUGAAUGAGUGUUUGUUGUUGCUUAGCUUUUUCUUGUUUUGUUUCGUCUGGUCUGUUCCAAUUUCCAAACGCUGCAAUUGGUCUGUUCAAGUGUUCAUCAAUAAUGUUCAGUGUGUGGCAUUUGCAACUUGCAAAUGGUUGUUGGCUGGAUGCCUGGAUUCAUUUAAUUUGGGUCCAUGUGGUUGCCCUUUUACUCUGUUGCAA